GGUUUCCGUUGGAGAAAAAUAAUUUCUCUCUGUUUCUGUAAAAGAAAAAAAAUGCCGCCACCACCUCCACCACAGAAAUUUUCUUAGAAAACUCUUUCUUCUCUUUCUAUCUUUACGCUUCCUUCUCCUUCUCUUUAUCCUUUUCCUCCCUUGCUCUCUCUAUCCAAACCAGGUUCAGAGUUUAUUUGGUUAAAUGAUCUUAACUGAGAUGUGAUUUUGUGUGAUUUGUGGAUCAAGCGAUGAUUACCAACAGGAACGCCAACUCAGAACCGUCUCUGGGAGAUGGCAGCGCGGCUUUAUCUCCUGCUGGAACGCCGCCGCAGGGACAGUCUGAUAAUGUUUCUAAUCGGGCUGGAAAUACGGUUUUAAAAAGUGGGCCUCUUUUUAUAUCAUCUAAAGGAAUUGGUUGGACAUCUUGGAAAAAGCGGUGGUUUAUUCUCACACGGACAUCACUAGUUUUCUUCAGAAGUGAUCCAAGUGCUGUUACUCAAAAAGGGAGUGAAGCGAACUUGACUCUUGGUGGUAUUGACCUCAACAAUUCAGGCAGUGUGAUUGUGAAAUCAGAAAAAAGACUCUUGACUGUUCUCUUUCCUGAUGGUCGUGAUGGGCGAACUUUCACACUUAAGGCUGAAACUUUAGAAGAUUUAUAUGAGUGGAAAACUGCUCUUGAGAGUGCUCUGGCACAAGCACCAAAUGCUGCUCUUGUGAUGGGGCAAAAUGGUAUCUUCAAGAACGAUCAGAAUGAUGGAACUGAUUGUUCUAAUUCUGUAGACCACUGCGCAGUAACAUUUAAGGAUAAAGUGCCCAUGAAACCUUUAGUCAUUGGCAGACCGGUUUUACUUGCUCUAGAAGAUGUUGAUGGAUCUCCGUCUUUCCUGGAAAAAGCUCUUAAAUAUAUAGAAGAACAUGGAGUCAAGGUGGAAGGAAUCUUACGGCAAGCUGCGGCUGUUGAUGAUGUUUCGUGUCGAAUUCGGGAAUAUGAACAAGGAAAAUCAGAGUUCUCUGCAGAAGAAGAUGGACAUGUAAUUGGUGAUUGUGUCAAGUUUUUCCUCCGUGAGUUACCAUCCUCUCCAGUCCCUGCAUCUUGCUGCAAUGCUCUGCUAGAAGCAUUUCGAAAAGAUAGAGGCAAUCGAGUUAACGCCAUGCGAGUAGCAAUAUUAGAAACCUUCCCUGAACCAAAUCGUCGCUUAUUGCAAAGAAUUUUAUUGAUGAUGCAAACUGUGGCUUCCCACAAAGCUGUGAAUCGAAUGAGCACUUCAGCUGUAGCUGCUUGUAUGGCGCCUUUACUUCUUCGACCCCUUCUAUCUGGUGAAUGUGAAAUUGAAAAUGAUUUUGAUGUGGGAGGUGAUGGUUCCAUGCAACUUUUGCAAGCAGCUGCUGCAGCUAACCAUGCUCAAGCCAUUGUGAUCACAUUAAUGGAGGAGUAUGAUGAUAUAUUCAGUGAAGCUGUUAUGGCCCCUGGAUUAUACUCUGACUCGGAAGAGUGUGAAAGUGAGGAUGAAGAGGUAACAGAUGAUGAUGCAUCCCAUGAAGAUGAUGAACGAGAUGAUGUAUCAGAAGGGUCUGAUGCAUAUUCUGAUGAUGAGAGAGGCAAUGCAUCAACUGGAACUGAGAGUAGUGAAUCUGGGGACAAUUAUAUGUGUGACAAUAAGAUGCAGGGUGAUGAUCAUGGUUCCAACUCCCCUUUUGUAGAUAAUGAUUGUCGAGUUGAAGAAAAGUUGUCAAAUUCAGUUCAAACUUCAUUACCUUCACAUCAUGAUGUAAAAAGGAAUGAGAAUAUAUUGGGUGUAAAUAACAAUAAUUUGGCAACACAAACCAUCAAGUUAGACCAAGUAUCAAGAGAUUUUCCUAUAGAAACAAAGAAAAUGCAGCAAGUAUCAAGAGAAUUUCCUAUAGAAACAAAGAAAAUGCAGCAAGUAUCAAGAGAAUUUCCUAUAGAAACAAAGAAAAUGCAGCAAGUAACAAGAGAUUUUCCUAUAGAAACAAAGAAAAUGCAAACCGGAGAUCCCUCCGCUUGUGUGCAAAAAUCUGUGAGCGUGUCUAAUGAACAGGAGCAUAAGCCUGCAACCAUUUUGGACCGAAUCUCUGCAAAGAAGAAUCGUUCUAUGGGAUCCAUUGAUUUUGAUUCUGAGGAUGAAGUUGAAAUCCGGAAGCUGGAGGCUACUAAAUUUGACUUGCAACAUAGAAUUUCUGAUGAGGUUAAAGGUAAUGCAGUUCUCCAAACCAACUUGGAAAAACGAAAGAAGGCGUUGCAUGAGCGCCGUCUAGCUCUUGAGCAAGAUGUGGCAAGACUACGGGAAGAGCUGCAAAGGGAGAGAGAUAAGAGGAUGGUUCUGGAAGCAGGACUUAACACAUCGCAGGCGCACCAAUCUCUUCCAGCUAUAAUUGAUGAAAAAAUGAAGGCCGAUCUUGAGGAAAUAAGUCAAGGAGAGGCAGAUGUCUCCUAUUUGAAGCAGAAGGUUGAUAAUCUCAGUCUGCAGCUGAGUCAACAGAUUGAACAAAACAAUAGCUCCACACAUGAUUCAAGCAAUCAGCCAAUGCAGACUUCAAAUCAUCAAGCAAAGUGGAAAGAUAAACAGAGAGAUGAUGCUAAUGCUGCUUCAAAUCUUGGAAAGUCUCCAAACAAGGAUAUCUGUGCAGAUGAAUCAACUAAUUUACCAAGCAAGCCUGCGCCUUCAAACCAACAGCCAGAACCAGCACGUAGCAGCAACUCCAAGUCUUCAGCCAACUCCAAGAAGAUCAUCAUCUCAAGAAGCGAGGUAGCGAAUUCUACAACUAAUGCGCUGUCAAAGUUGACAACCCGACUCAAUUUUCUGAAGGAGCGGCGAAACCAGCUGGCCAAUGAACUCCAAAAUUUGGAUAAAGUCCGACCUUUCGUUACUAACAGUAAUAAAGCUAAAGGAUCGGAGGUCCGUCAAUCAUCGCAAACCUUGGACAAGAACCAAGGUGUAGAAGUUCAUUCUGCUCAAAAUCCAGAAAAUGGUAGAGGAUCAGAGAGCUCUCAUUUCCUUCUAAAUGCAGAAAAAGGACUGGCAACUGAAGGUCAAUCACAUAAAAAUUCUGAAAAAUCUAGAUGAUCUGAUAUUCACCUAGAUGAGGGAAAAUCUUCGUUAAGUCAACAUCUCCAAGAUCCGACAGCAAAAUCUGAAGGUCAUGGAUCUCAUAAUUCUGGCAAAGUUGAAGAAUUAACCUCAAGUACAGGUGACUCCAAGGAACACUCCAGUUGAUGCUAAAUGAUUAUCAUUUUUUUUUGCCCAAAAAAGCAUUGUUUAUGUCCUUCCUCAGCAAUUGUGUAGAUGGAUUAUGAUACUUGUAAAUGGAAAUGGCAAUGCUUCAAGGUGCUCGAUAUCCAUAAUGAAGAAUCUGCUCAAAGUCCUGAGGCCUCUUAAACCCAGGAUGUACAUAUCAACCAUCUCCUUGGUGUAAGUUGAGUUGUACAUGUUGAAUUGCUUGCAAGUUAAAAGCUGCUGCUUUAUAGACAAAGCAGGACUCUGACAUAUUCUUUGUAUGGAUAAACGCAGUUUUUAAUGUAAUUUAGACUAUUAGAGUUACUUGGCCAGUGUGCUUGUACAUGACCUGGAUUCAAGCCUUCACCUAUUGUAUUGAGGGUCUAAUUUACAUUCACCCAUUGUCCUAUAAAUCAUUUGAAUAGAUGAGUUUCAUUACCCCAUUUCUGCAA